AUGUUUCCCAGGCAGUCUUCUCGGCCGGCAGUGUCGGUUUGCCCGUUUGUCUCCAUCCUGGCCGGCUGGGGCCGGUACACUCGUGGCGAUCAAAAGUUGCGUCUGCUCAACCCUCUCGGCUGGGCGACAGCUCGCCAGGUCACAGGAUUGCACCAAGCACUUAGCGGAUACAGACGCAAUGUUCGCUGUGUCCACUUCAGUGUACAGUUGCCCUGGCCCCUGCUGACCUGCCCUCGAGAGGGCAGCCGGAGGAGGGUAUGA